CUUGGCCGACUUCACGAUAUAACAUCUCCUUGGGUCAAGCUGUGCAGUGCAUACCCUGUGUUAUACUAUCUCCCAGGAAGCCACAAAGAGUACAUUAAAAUUUGUACUGAAAUAAAAGAGUUCAUUUUGAAGGAAAUAAAAAGGCAUCAAGAAACUCUGAACCUCAAUAGCCCUCAGGACUUUAUUGACCACUUCCUGAUUAAAAUGGAAAAGGAAAAACACAAUAAAAAUUCUGAAUUUACCAUGGAAAACCUGGCCAUCACCAUAUUUGAUCUGUUUUCUGUGGGAACAGAGACAAUGAGUACCACAAUGAAUUAUGGGCUUUUGCUCCUGCUGAAGUACCCAGAGGUCACAGCUAAAAUUCAGGAAGAAAUUGAACAAGUUAUUGGCAGACAUCGGAGCCCCUGCAUGCAGGAUAAGAACCAGAUGCCCUACACAAACGCUGUGCUGCAUGAGAUUCAGAGAUGCCUGGAUCUUGUACCUAUUCCCUUGCCUUGUGAAACAACACAGGAUGUGGAGUUCAGAGGAUACCACAUUCCCAAGGGUACAACUGUAAUGACAUGUCUGACAUCUGUUCUGAAUGACAACAAAGAAUUUCCCCACCCAGAGAAGUUUGACCCUGGCCAUUUUUUGGAUGAGAGAGGCAACUUCAAGAAGAGUGACUACUUCAUGGCUUUCUCAGCAGGAAGAAGAGCUUGCCUUGGAGAAGGUCUGGCCCGCAUGGAAUUGUUUUUAACACUGACCAACAUUUUACAGCAUUUUACUUUAAAACCUCUGGUCAAUCCAGAGGACAUUGAUAUCACCCUAGUUCAAACUGGCCUGUUGUCUUUGCCUCCACCCUAUGAGCUCUGUUUCAUUCCAGUCUGAAGUUGGGUAGUCUUUCCCAGAGAUGACUGAGACCCUGCUUCUAUUUGUGAGCAAACAGGUCUUUCCUGUUCUAUAUACCUGUAUCUUGCGAUCCUUCUUAAUGGCAGAGCUGCUACCUCUAAACUAUACUAAAAUUUUCUCAAUUCUUAGGAACCAGUUCCAAUUUUUAAAUAUUAAAAACCCUCACUGAUUCAGCACUAA